AUGGUUGGUGGUGGUGGUGGCGGGGGAACCGCCCUGGGAACUAUUAGUGCACUAAUGAUUUCGGGAACCGUUGCUGGGCGGUCGGACCGGCAGAGAGAGAUCGCCACCGCCAGCCUGCCCGCUUCUCAUCCAGCGGCCGGAUCUCGGCUUCGCCAUCAUUACGGCCUUUUGCAGCGGCGACCGGGCCGGCAGCGCCAUCGGGUGGCGGUGCACGGCGGGACGGCCGUGGCGACGGCCAGCAAGGGUUCGCUGCACGCCGCCGGCCAACCGCCACCGCCACCGACGCCGGCACAGCAACCUUCGAUCCACCCGACCGUGUGGGAGAUCCUAUCGGCCGAGCUGAUCCUUUCGAAUGAACCGGAAGGAACGCCGGAGCUGCCGGCCGCCAACCGGGCGCUGUUCCUGGAGAAGGUGCGCCAAUCGAACACGGCGUGCCAGAACGGGGACUUUAGCACGGCCGUGCAGUUGUACACGGACGCGCUCGGGCUCGAUCCGGGCAACCACAUCCUCUACAGCAACCGAUCGGCCGCCCGGCUCAAGCAGGGCCAGUUCGCGCUCGCCCUCCAGGAUGCGACGCGAGCCCGCGAGCUCUGCCCGCAGUGGCCAAAAGCAUACUUCCGCCAGGGGGUCGCCCUUCAGUGUCUCGGCCGGUACGGUGAAGCGCUGGCCGCGUUCAGCGCCGGCCUGGCGCAGGACCCAAACAGCAAGCAGCUGUUGGCGGGUCUGGUGGAAGCAUCGAUCAAGAGUCCUCUCCGGCAUGCCCUCGAACCCACGUUCCAGCAGCUGAAAGCGAUGAAGCUCGACCAAUCGCCGUUCGUAGUGAUUUCCGUCGUCGGCCAGGAGCUACUCGGUGCGGGUCAGUACCACGCGGCGGUCACGGUGCUUGAAUCAGCCCUACGUAUCGGCUCGUGCUCCCUGAAACUCCGCGGAUCCGUAUUUUCCGCGCUCAGCUCAGCCCACUGGGCACUGAACCAGCUCGAUAAGGCGAUCGCCUACAUGCAACAGGACCUGGCGGUGGCCAAGAGCCUCGGCGAUACGGCGGGCGAGUGCCGGGCGCACGGGAACCUUGGGUCGGCCUACUUCAGCCAGGGAUCGUACAAGGAGGCACUCACAUCGCACCGCUACCAGCUCGUGCUGGCGAUGAAGUGCAAGGACACGCAGGCUGCCGCCGCCGCCCUCACGUCGCUCGGCCACGUGUACACCGCCAUCGGAGACUACCCGAACGCCCUGGCCUCCCACAAACAGUGCGUCCAGCUGGUCAAGCAGAUGGGCGAUCGAUUGCAGGAGGCACGCGAGAUCGGCAACGUCGGUGCCGUGUACCUUGCGAUGGGCGAGUUCGAUUCGGCGGUCGAUUGUCACACCCAGCACCUGCGACUCGCCCGCAAACUCGGCAACCAGGUGGAGGAAGCCCGGGCUUAUAGUAACCUCGGCUCGAGCUACCACUACAAGCGCAACUUCACGCAGGCCAUCACGUACCACGAAAGUGUCCUGCGGAUCGCGCAGCAACUCGGUGAUCGGGCGAUCGAAGCGCGAGCGUACGCCGGGCUCGGCCAUGCCGCCCGCUGUGGCCACGAUUUCGUCCAGGCCAAGCGCUGGCACGAGAAGCAGCUCGAGAUGGCGCUGGCGGCGCGCGACAAGGUCGGCGAGGGACGUGCCUGCUCGAACCUGGGUAUCGUUUAUCAGUUGCUCGGGGAGCAUGAUGCGGCGCUGAAGUUGCACCAGGCGCACCUAACGAUCGCCCGCCAGCUACAGGAUAAGGCGGGAAUGGGCCGUGCGUACGGCAACAUCGGCAACGCGUACUCGGCCGCCGGGUACUACGAGUCGGCGAUCAAGUACCACAAGCAGGAGCUGAUCAUCAGCAAGGAAGUGCACGAUCGGAGCGCCGAAGCUUCGACGCACGGGAACCUGGCGGUGGCGUACCAAGCCCUCGGGGCGCACGAUAUGGCACUGAUGCACUACCGGGCGCACCUGAGCAUAGCGCGCGAACUGAAGGACACGGCGGGUGAGGCGUGUGCCCUGCUGAACCUUGGGAACUGUCUCAGUUCGAGGCAACUGUUCGCUCAGGCCGUGCCGUACUACGAACAGUACCUGAUGCUGUCGCAGGAACUGGGUGAUGUGGCGGCCGAGGGUAAGGCGUGUCACUUCCUGGGCUACGCACACUACUGCAUCGGCAACUACCGGGAGGCGGUGCGGUACUACGACCAAGAUCUGGCGCUCGCUAAGGACCUGCAGAACAAGAUGAACAUGGGCCGGGCGUACUGCAACCUGGGGUUGGCGCACCUCGCCCUCGGCAACACGGGUGGGGCGCUCGAGUGCCAGAAGUACUUCCUGGCGAUCGCACACAUGACGAACCACCUGCCGGGGAAGUUCCGGGCGCUCGGUAACAUCGGUGACGUGCUGAUCCGGAUGGGUGAUGUGGACGAGGCGAUCAAAAUGUACCAGAGGCAGUUGGCACUGGCGAGGCAAACACGGGAACGCGGCAUGGAAGCGGCCGCUUGUGGGGCACUCGGACUCGCCCACCGGUUGCUGAAGAAGCUGGAUAAGGCGCUCGGAUACCACACGCAGGAACUGACGCUACGGCAGGAGAUGGGCGACCUGCCGGGUGAGUGUCGGGCGCACGGGCACCUCGGCGCCGUCCACAUGGCGCUCGGGAACUACACGCACGCGGUCAAGUGCUACCAGGAGCAGCUCGAGCGGGCACAGGAGCUGCAGGACUCGGCGGUGGAAGCGCAAGCCUUCGGCAAUCUGGGGAUCGCGCGGCUCAACAUGGGCCACUACGAGGACGCGAUCGGGUACCUGGAGCAGCAGCUCGGCACUCUCGAGCAGGUCAACUCUCCGACGGCCCAGCACGACCGGGCCCGAGCCCUUGGCCAUCUGGGCGAUUGUUACGAUGCGCUCGGGGAUUACCACGCCGAAGCGAUCAAGUGCCACGAGCGUCAUCUACAGCUCGCGAUCGCACUGCAGAGUGCACGCGAUCAGGAGCGGGCGUACAGGGGACUCGGCCAUUGCUACAAAUCAGUCGGUAACCUGCCGGAGGCCCUCGUAUGCCUCGAGAAGCGGUUGGUGGUGGCCCACGAGCUCGGAAGUCCGGAAGCGAAGGCGGCCGCUUACGGGGACCUCGGCAGCAUCCACACGGCGCUCGGGAACUACGAGCAGGCGAUCAACUGUCUGGAGCACCAGCGGGACAUAGCGCGGGAGCUGGGUGACCGGGUGUUGACGUCGGACGCCCUCAGUGGACUGGGGGCCGUGUUUCAGCAGAUGGGUGACUACGAUGAGUCGCUCCGGCUCCACAAACAGGACCUGGAACUGUGUGAAGCGAUCAGCGCGGGGACACUGCAGGCGCGGGCUUGCGGUGCCCUCGGCUCGGUGUAUGAUUCACUCGCCAGUUACCCGGAGUCGGCGAGGUAUUACGAGAAGCAACUCACGCUGACGGCCGAUCGCCUCACGAAGGCUCACGCGUGCCUGGCGCUCGGACGCGUCUACCACCUGAUGGAGCAAAUCGCACCGGCAAUCACGUUCCUGCGGCAAGGACUCGCGAUCGCCCAAGCCCUCAACAAGCUGGAGGACGAGGCGAAACUCCGGUACCGGCUCGGGAUGUCGCUGGUCGCGUCCGGGGAUGAUGACACCGCCCGGCAGCAGAUGGAAAGCGCCGCGCAGAUCCUGGAAUCAAUCCGGACCGAUCAGGUGACGGCCGAGGCACGUACCCACCUGUACGAUCUGCAAACCGCCUGCUACCAGUCGCUGCAGCGUGUCCUCGUGGGCCUGGGGCGCAACGAAGAGGCGUUGGUCGCGGCCGAACGGUGCCGGUCGCGGAUGGGCGCCGAUUCGACGCGGAGCGCCGAGAACUCGCUCAACAACCGCAAAACGUUGCUCACGUGCAGCGAGUACAUCUUCGACACGGUCAAUCGGAGCAAAACGAGCGUCAUCUACUACAGCCUGGCCGGGAACGAGCUGUACGCGUGGUUCCUGCAGCCCCAGAAGCGCAUCGUGCGCUUCCACGCGACCAACCUCGACGAGCAGGUGCUACCGAUGAAGCGGAAACCACCGCCGGAGAAGAAGAUGAUCGGAGGUUCCGCUCCUGUGCAGCAAUCGGAGCAAUCCCAGGCCACCGGUGGCCAGGGUGACAGCUUGCUGGAGCAGUACAUCAACUACGUGCGCGACUGUUUGGGCGUCAACUCGGGCAGCGUGCUGCAGGAGGGUGACGGUAGCGGGUGGAAGUCCUCGAACGAGAAUCUGAUCGACGAGUUCGCCAACGAGCGGGCCGGCUUCCUGCGGAUGGUCAAUCGGAACCACCUGCUGAACUCGAGCAAUUACUCGCUCAGCUCGCUGUUUAGUCUCGGCAGUGUCGGCGGAUCCGUCGCAAGUCUGCAGGGUUCAACAAGGUCCAUUGGAAGCCUGCAGGGAUCGACACGGUCGAGGCGCUCGAACAUUCUGCCCCCGUGGCAAGGCCCGUCCUGUCUGCACAUCCUGUACAACCUGCUGCUCGCCCCGUUCGAGGACCUUCUGCCGGACGUCAGUACAACGGCCCGCAUCGGUCGGCGUGAGUUGAUUCUCGUGCUGGAGAAAGAGCUGUACCUGGUCCCGUUUGCCAUCCUGCGGAGCGGUGAUGAAGAUGGCGAAUACCUGUCGGAGCGCUGCUCACUACUCACGGUGCCAUCGUUGCACACGCUGCGCCAGAAGAGUCGGACGAAAACGCGAGAACCGGCCGAAGGACUCAACAGUGCGUUGGUAAUCGGUGGUCCGAAGGUACCCGCGUCCCUCUCCGAAACGUGGGGCUGGUCGGAAUCACCCGCCUCGCUACAGGAAGCGGCCAUGGUAUCCGAUAUGCUGAACACCAAACCCCUGGUCAGUUCGCACGCCACGAAGGAAGCGAUCGUGUCCGAGCUGGCCGCCGCCGAAUGCGUCCACUUUGCGGCCAACGUGAGCUGGAAGCUCGGUGCGGUCGUGCUUAGUCCGGGCGAGAUGCUCGAUUCGGCGGCCCAGAAGCGCUACUACGGUGGCGGUGGUGGCGGUGGCGGCAACAUGUCCGCCGGCGAGCUACUGGCCGGCGGUGGCGAUAACGACGAUGAGCCGACGGAUCUAUCCGCCUCGAGCAUGGAGAUACCGCCCCUCGGGGACUUUAUUCUCAGCGGCACCGAUCUGCUGGCGAUGAAGCUGAGCGCCAAGCUGGUGGUGCUGAGUUCGUACCAUUCGAUCGAACCGAUCACCGGACGCGGGGUGGCCAAUCUGGCCAGCAGCUGGCUUUACGCCGGCACCGGCGCCGUCCUGGUGUCCCUGUGGCCCGUACCCGAGACGGCCGCCAAGAUCCUGUUGCGCGCCUUCUACUCGGCCCUCCUGCAGGGCACCCGGGCUGCCAAGGCGCUCGCCGAGGCAAUGCAGACGGUGCAGCACACGAAACACUUUGCCCACCCCGCGAACUGGGCCGGCUUCAUACUGAUCGGCGGCAACGUGCGGCUCUCGAACAAGGUGGCCCUCAUCGGCCAGGCCCUGUGCGAGUUGAUGCGCACGCCGGACAAGUGCCGCGAUGCGCUCCGCGUGUGCCUCCACCUGGUGGAGAAGAGCCUGCAGCGGAUACACCGGGGCCAGAAGAAUGCCAUGUACACGACGCAGAAAAGCAUCGACAACAAGGCGGGCCCGGUCGGUGGCUGGAAGGAUCUGCUGAUGGCGGUCGGUUUUCGGUUCGAACCGGCCGCCAACGGCAUCCCGUCGAGUGUAUUCUUCCCCCAGAGCGAUCCGGAAGAUCGGCUUUCGCAGUGCUCCGCCAGCCUCCAGGCCCUGCUGGGUCUGUCGCCUACCACCCUGCACGCCCUCUCGAAGCUGGUGCACGGAGCGGAGAUCGCGGACGAAAUUAUCGGCGUGAUGCGCAACGUGGUGGCCCAGUUUCCAUCGAAGCUGCCACCGGCGGCGGGACCGGCCGAGGGCGAAAGUAUCGACGUGCCGCUUAGCGUGCGGCUGUGGCGUGUUUCCGGUUGUCACGAGCUCCUGGCGUCGCUCGGUUUCGACCUGAUGGAGGUGGGCCAGGAUCAGGUGACGCUGCGGACCGGCAAGCAGGCGAACCGGCGGAACUGUCAGUUCGUCCUUCAGGCCCUACUGGCCCUAUUCGACACGCAGGAGGCACCGAAAAGCCUCGGCAUCGAGUCGAGCAGCAGCUCGGAGUCGCUGAACGAGGACGAGUCGUGCGACGAGCAGCCAUCGCCGGCCUCGCAGCCAGCCGCCGGUCAGCAGCAGCAAACUCAGCAACAAGCGAGUUCCCAGCAGCAGCAGCAGCAACAGUCCAGUCAGCAACAGCAACAGCAACAACAGCAGUCCGGUCAGCAGCAACAGUCGGGCCAGCAAUUGAAAGGAGGUUCCGUUGUCACCGUGAGCCCCACGCCGACCAAUGCCGACUCGCAGCAGCGCAGCAUUUCGCCCGCCGUGACGGUCAAAUCGCAGUCCAGCUACAAUUUCCCGUCCCGACCGCCGCUACCGUUGCGGCGCGUGCCAUUCCUUAGCACACGGAGUGCCUUCAUUUCGUACGUGCGACGACGCGGUGAGCCCGAUGGGGGCCAAACGGAGGUCGGCAGCGCGCAGCAACAGCAGCCAGCGGUCGACACGAGCCUGGCCAAUACGACCGACAGCGAGCUAUCGGACGGAUACACGACGCAGCAGAUCCUGCUCAAGAGCGACCACCUGGCGAAGGGCCUCGGCUACUCGAGUCUGCGCGGUACGAUCAAAGUGUCGCGGCCCGGGGGCGGCGGUGAAAGUGAUGCCGCGUUCACGCCCAGCCCACCCGUCACGAUCCAGCACGUGGACCCGAACGUGUCGCUUGCGCUGGCACACCAGACGCGCAUCAAGAACCUGUACACCAACAACCACAGCAACAAUGGCGGUGCCGGCCAUAACAACCCGGCCAACGGACACGGUCCGCCGGCACUGGGUGGCGGUUUGACGACGCUCGGCAUCACCAUGGGGUACACGCUGCAGGAAACGCUGCGGCACGCCGAUUCCGGUGUCCAUCACCAUCCGAACCCGGUCGCCCAUCACCGGCGACCGGACAGCUCGAGUUCGGCCAGUUCCGCCACCGAUUGGGAGGGGUCAGGGCACGCGACGGUGCUAAGGCGAGCGGCAGUCACCCAGGGCCACCACCAUCUGCCGCCGUUGCCGCCACCCCGCCAAACCCUACCACUCGUGGAGAGCCUGCGGCCGCUGGCGCCACUCGCUCCGGUGUACAACAACAUCAACGGAACGGCGGCCGUGCCAUCGGGCACGGUGCGCGGGGAUCCAGGAUCGAAGCUGCCGGGAUCCCAGAACGGAACCGGGCCUCCGAAGGCGCUCUCGUCGAUGCUGGAGUCAACCAGCUCCGAUUCGGAGUUCGAACGAUCGUUCGAUCUUCCGCCACCCGGUGGCUCUUCCAGUGCGGCUUCGAUCAGCAGCAAGCUGACGUCGCUGGCGCACAGUCUGCAGAGCAUGCGAUCGCGCAACAAACUGAAGCUCGGCACGAUGCAACACCAUCCACUGCCCCAGCAGCAGCAGCAGCAGCACCAUCCGCAAUCCGCCGGAUCGCACGGUCACCACGGUAUGCCACGGGGCACGGCUUCCGGUAAGCUGCCACUGGAUCAGUUCGGUUUCCUCGAUCGGCUCAGCUGUCGGACGGAGAUUUCCACCUCGGCGACGCUCAGCAAUCACGUGCCACCGCCCCGCAAACCGACCCUCUCGACGCUGCCCGAUGACGAACGGACGCUCAACCUGAACGCCAACAAGCUCUACUUCUCGCCGACCGAUGCCGAGAUCAUUCCGCUGUCGGAGGCGACGGCCGAUCUUGGGCUGCCACCCGGCGUUGGCGGUGGCAUCGGCAAAUCCCACCCGCAGGUAUCGGUGGCCCUCGGUGGCCAGUCGGGCCACAUCGGGAAGGAAUCGCUCGGUGGCGGUAAGCCGGUGAUCGGUGCCGGCAACAGCGCGACCGCCAGUAACCAGAAAACGAUCCAGGAUUCCAUUCUGCGUCACAUGAGCCGCGAAAUGACGCCGACCAUCUCGGACGUGUACCACGAGCGGAACAUUGGCCUAGGGCUGGCCCCGUCGCUGUCGAAGCUGCUGCUGAGCAAAAACUACGACGAAGCGGCCGAUCUGAAGGGAGGUGGUGGCGCAACCACCGGACAAUCACAGGCCGUUGCGGCGGCGGCAGCUGCGGCGGCAGCAGCGGCAGCGGCCGCUUCGCUGCUCAACAAACCGAGUGCCGCCCUGACGGUCGGCAAUCUGGCGGAGGCGAUGAACGAGAUCGAAAUGAAUGCGACCACGUCGAGCAAGCUGGACGAGGGUGCGUGCGGAAUCUGCAACUCGCCGUCGGAUCUGCUGUGCGGGUGCAGUGCCACGUCGACGGUAGCGGCCGUCGCAGCGAUGACGGCCGCCCUUGGGGCGAGCACGAUCGCGAAAAAAUCCACCUCCAACAAACCGUGGCUCAGCAACGUGUCACCGAACAUCGUGAAGGCGAGCGAUCUGACCACCGCCGACAUACUCGAGCAGCAGAAGCAGCUCAAAUCGUCGGCGGCCGUCGGCAGUGGCCUUACGAGCAAUCUGUCCUCCUCCACCGAGAACUCGCUCUCGACCGUCGUCAAGCGCAGCGGAUCGCCGUUUUCCGAUCUGUCGCGCCGUGACGAGGGGGACGGCCGCAGCGUGGCGGACUCGCAGUGUUCCGGAAGCUUUCGGACCGACAUUACCGGGUCCACGGUGACGACCUCCAAGAGCCAGCAGCAACCGCACGCGGCUCAGCAGCAAACGAUCGGGGGACCCGCAUCGCAGCAACUACCGCAGCAAGGGGAUCGCCCGACGGGAUCGCUGGAGCAACCGAACGGUCCAUCGCAGCAGCAGCCACCGAGCAACGGGACGUUGCCACCGGUGACCAGUGUUACGCAGCAACGCUCCAAGUACAUCAUCGAUACGUGA